GUAUGCAUGGAUUCUUAGUAGUAUACAGGAUGGAGGUUACGAGAGAGUUCCCUCCACACUUGGCUCAUUAGCAAUGGCUUCCUGCUCCAUUUGCCACUCCUAACCAACUUUCCAUACACACACAUACAUCAAUCAUCAAGACUAAUUCUCUCAGUGCAAGCAACAACAUCACACACAUUGGGAGGGAAUUAAUGCAUGAGGAUGGCAUACAAAUGGGGAUGCAUGGAAGCAACAACAAUGGUGCUUGUGGUGUGGUUGGCCGCUUUGUCGAUGGCGACGACGACACGAGGCCAGCAGAGGAGUAAUCUGACAAGAGGGAGCUUCCCAAAGGGCUUCGUCUUCGGCACCGCCGCCUCCGCCUACCAGUAUGAAGGAGCCGUCAAGGAGGAUGGAAGAGGACCUGCAAUUUGGGACAAAUUUGCACACACGUUUGGGAAGAUUCUUGACUUCAGCAAUGCCGAUGUUGCAGUCGACCACUACCACCGUUUUGAGGAGGACAUUGAGCUCAUGGCAGAUAUGGGAUUGGAUGCGUACAGAUUCUCGAUAGCGUGGUCUCGGAUUCUCCCAAAUGGCACCGGUGAGGUCAACCAGGCAGGCAUCGACCACUACAACAAGGUGAUCAAUGCACUAAUAGCGAAAGGGAUUGAGCCAUAUGUAACACUGUACCACUGGGACCUUCCCCAAGCCUUGGAGGACAAGUACAUGGGCUUGCUAGACAGGCAAAUAAUCAACGACUACCUGGCGUAUGCGGAGACGUGUUUCGAGGCAUUCGGGGACAGAGUGAAGCACUGGAUCACCUUCAAUGAGCCGCACACGGUAACGGUGCAGGGCUACGACAGCGGUAUCCACGCACCGGGCCGCUGCUCCGUGCUCCGGCACCUCUACUGCAAGCAAGGCAGCUCAGGCACCGAGCCCUACAUUGUUGCCCACAACAUCAUCCUGGCUCAUGCCACGGUUUCAGACAUGUACAGGACCAAGUACAAGGCAAAGCAGAAUGGAGAGCUGGGGAUGUCAUUAGAUGUCAUAUGGUAUGAGCCUGCCUCAAACUCCACAGCUGAUGUUGAGGCAACCAAGAGAGCACAGGAGUUCCAGCUGGGAUGGUUUGCUGAUCCCUUCUUCUUCGGUGAUUACCCGGUGACGAUGAGAUCGAGGGUUGGAGUUAGGCUGCCGAGGUUCACGACGAAAGAGGCUGACCUGGUGAAAGGCUCGCUGGACUUCAUGGGAAUCAAUCACUACACCACAUUCUACACAAAGGAUGACAACUCCACUUACAUUAAGAAAUUUCUGAAUGAUACCUUGGCAGACUCAGGAUCCAUCAGCCUCCCCUUCAGAGAUGGCAAGCCAAUUGGAGAUAAGGCGAAUUCAAUAUGGCUAUACAUUGUGCCUGGCAGCAUGAGGAGCCUCAUGAACUAUGUCAAGGACAGAUACAACACGCCAACCGUCUACAUAACUGAAAAUGGGAUGGAUGAUAGCAACAGCCCCUUCAUCUCCCUCAAGAAGGCCCUCAAGGACAGGAAAAGGAUCAAGUACCACAAUGACUACAUGACAAACCUAGCGGAUUCCAUAAGGGAGGAUGGUUGCGAUGUCCGCGGGUAUUUCGUGUGGUCUCUUCUUGACAAUUGGGAGUGGACCGCAGGAUACACCUCGAGAUUCGGGUUGUACUAUGUGGACUACAGGGAUAACCUGAAGAGAUACCCCAAGAACUCAGUCCAAUGGUUCAAGGAUUUAUUGGCAUCCUCUUGAUCAAAAGUUGAGACCCAGAAUGUAGAGGGUCACGAUCAUUUGGCAUGUAGACAUGAUCACAUACCAAUUGGAGCCUUUCCCUGCAUGUAUUCAUCGAUUGUAUAUAAAUAUAGUGAGCCUGAAAAACUUGUUGUACAUAAUUGUUGGUUUGAGAUAAUGGAAUUAUCAUUUUCGAUCGCU